AUGCCGCCCCGCCGCUCAUCCACAACCAGCACGUCGGUGGUUGACGCCGCGGCCGACCCACCACCCGUAGUCGACGCGGUCGCAACCAAUGCGGAGGCAGGUCCUUCAACCGCUACAACCCCUAUACGGGCGCGUCGGGCACCCCGUGAGAGCGCGCCCAACCGCAAGAAACGGCACAUUACCGAUCAUGAGAUGGAGCGCAUCCGAUUCAAGCUCGGACCGAACGGAGCAAAGACGCGGCGCGAUGAGCUCGUGCUCGAGCGCGAAGCCGAGCUUCGUGUCGUCUUGGACGCACACGACAUGGCAGUCAAGGAGAUGUUCCAUCUGGAGCGGUACGUUAGCAUCCUCGAGGGUUGGGACCCCGAGGAAGCUCGCGUUGAUAACUCGCCUGUGUUCUUGGACUACAAGAACACCCAGUACAACCUUCUUGACCUGGUCGCGGCCAAUUCGAUCGGGUCGCUGGCUGUCCCGUCGCGCGCCAGUCUUGGACCAUCGAGAACGACGAGACGCCAGCUGCACUUCAAGAGCGAGGCGCUUGGUAUAGCGAAUGGCGACAAGGGCAAGACGAAGGAGGAGACGCCGAAGGGGAAGGGACGCACAGUCGAAGUGGAGGAGACGCCAUCCAAGCUAAACACGCUCCGGAGAGGCAAGGCUGCCGAGUCCGAACCCGGACUUGAGCCGCAUCAGCCCGCUCCCAAAAGGGGACGCCGAUCAGCGGCAGCAGAGAUGCCGCCUCCGCCUGUGCCGAAAGGAAAGAAGACGCGGCGUGCCACAAUCGCUGAACCCGAAAUGCUGGAGGAGCCGGAAGAAGAAGAGCCGCGUGGCAAGAAGCGACCGCGCGGGCGGCAGUCGCUACCAGUGCCGUCCAAGAAAGCGCGCGCGUUCGAGGAGGCGUCAGCCUCCCCAGGUUCCUCACCAGCUCCGACUGCCCCAGCUCGUUCACCUUCACCGACGCCGGUCCCAGCUCUGCCGUCGCUCGCACACCUCUCGUUCCCCCCACCUCCGCGCAGGCCAACAUGGAAACGCUCUGGGCCGAGUCGCAUCGUAUACACAGACCCGGGACAGCACCCGCCGCCGGCGACCUUCGGUGGCGACAUCGCCACGUAUCUCAACUCGUAUGUCCAGGUCGACGAUGGCGCCAUCACCGACACGGCGGUGCUCGAGGCAAGCGCGCAGCGCGAAGGUUACCUCCGCAAUCGCGUUAACUGGUUGCAACACCAAGGUCGCCUCCUGCGGCUUCUGGACGGAGACGAUGAGCCGCAGAAGAAGGAGCGUGAUCGUAGCCAUCGGCGACAGGCUCCCACAGGUCCACCACCGCGCCAGACCGACUUCCAGGAUUCCCUCGUGGCACACAUGGUCCAAGUCCGCGGCGCGAUGAUGGCCGAGGCCAAAGCCAAGCCCAUGUACUGUCGACGCAUUGCGCGCAUGGUCGCCGCGCAUUGGGAGCACCUUGCCAACAAGGACGAACGAGAGCGCGUCGCGGCCGAGCGUGAGCUCAAGCGUAAGGGACGCGAGGUCGUCAAGACGCUGCGGAAGCGGUGGGCGCUCGCGACAAAGAUCGUCCGUGCAAAGGUCCUCGCGCAGCAGAGGCUGGAGCAGGACCGCCUGGGAAAAGAACACCUCCAGAACAUGCUGCAGCGGAGUACUGGGCUGCUCGAGGCGCAGCGCGAGGAUAUCGUCAGCGGACGGCAGGGCGACGCAAACGACGGCGCUGACUCGGACGCCACGGACGAUGUGUCAGCUGCUGAGGAGAGUGGGGACGAGGAGGAGGUUGGGCCGGAGGAGGGUGAGAAAGAGGAAGUGGGUCCCGACGAUGAUGGAGAGCGGGAGGGACCGGAAGGCGAAGAGGACGCCGACGUUCCCGUCUUGAAGACCGCAAUCGGCGAAGAGGUGGCUGUCACGUCUGGGCCUGCAGACGAGGGCGACGUCGCAGGCACUGUUCAGGACGGCAGCGAGGAGGAAGGCGGUGAAGAAGACGAAGAGGAAAGCGACGAAGGCGAGGACGCUGUCGACCUGCGGACCCUAGUCGGCAUGGAAAUCAACGACGCCGAAGAGGACAGCGAAGGGGACGAUGAGGACGAUGGCGAGGGUGAAGGCGCCGCCGACGAGCCCAAGCCCGCGGCCGAUCUCCUGGAAACGCCGAACGGUGCAGCUUCUCCAGCAGACGACUCGGUUGCGGGGGAGGUUGUGGGGGAGCCUGCGGCGGGGGCUCAUGUCGCGGUGAGGCGGUCACAGCCUGUGACCGCCAACUCCCCACCUCCAGUUACAUCCACGAUCGCGGAAUCUUCAGCCGCAUCGCAACCGCCCUCACCACCAACCCCUCGUCCCCACUCUCGUCGCCUUGCAAAGAAGCGCCGACUGGAGGUCGCCGACGCCCCAGACCCGGAUGCCAACGACGUCGAAUUUGCAGACAGCGCAGACGUCGACGACGAGGAUGCCCAGCUGGAUGAGGCGAUGGACGAUGCGGAGGCUGCAGACGACGACUCUGAAGACGCAGGCCUGCUUGCAGACGCCGACCUCCCGAUCGAGGAGCUCCUGAAGCGCUACGGAUACGACGUCAAGGCGGAGGCCGUCGUACCUACCCCCGCGGAACGUGAAGAGGUGGCAGAGGAUGCCGCAGAAUUGGAAUCUAAGCCGACUUCGGCCGACGCAGAACCAAAGCCCGCUUCGCCCAACGACCAGUCCCUAACCGACGCAGCCCUUGAGGUUGCGAAGCGCGACUCUUCGCCCGCGCUUGUUGUGGACGGCAAGCGCCAACGAAAGGUCCGCACGGUGUGGACGCCUCCUGACGAUGCGCCGCAGCAGCUCGCAUCCAAAGGCAAGAAGGGGAAGUUGCAGAUCGUUGAGCCUGAGUCGUCGUCGGACAUUGAGAUCGAGUCGACGCCAGAGCUCUCGAGCGAAGAGGAGACCGACGAGGAGGAGGAGGCCGUGGAGGAAGUGGCCGAUGUCGAAGAGGACCCCAAUGCUCCUCGCCUUAAGCCGCCGUUCUUGCUCCGCGGUACUCUCCGUCCAUACCAACAGGCCGGGCUCGAAUGGCUUGCGAGCCUGUACGCCAACAACAUGAACGGCAUCCUCGCCGAUGAGAUGGGUCUCGGCAAGACGAUCCAGACCAUUGCGCUUCUCGGACACCUUGCAUGCGACCUCGGGGUGUGGGGCCCGCACCUCAUCAUCGUCCCCACGUCGGUCAUCCUCAACUGGGAGAUGGAGUUCAAGCGCUUCCUUCCCGGCAUGAAGGUUCUGACGUACUAUGGCAACCAGAAGGAGCGCAAGGAGAAGCGCGUAGGCUGGAACACCGAGAACGCGUGGCAGGUCUGCAUCACGAGCUAUCAGAUUGUCCUCGCGGACCAGCACAUCUUCCGCCGAAAGAACUGGGUGUACAUGAUUCUCGACGAGGCGCACAACAUCAAGAACUUCCGCUCGCAGCGCUGGCAGACGCUCCUUGGCUUCAAGACGCAGCGCCGCCUUCUGCUCACAGGCACGCCGUUACAGAACAAUCUCAUGGAACUGUGGAGUCUGCUAUACUUCCUCAUGCCAAACGGCAUCACGGCGGACGCGACUGCUGUUGUCGGAUUUGCGAACCACAAGGAUUUUAUGGAGUGGUUCUCAAACCCGAUGGACAAGGCGGUCGAAUCAGGCGAGACGAUGGACGAGGACAUGAUCGACACAGUCAACAAACUGCAUACGCUGCUGCGCCCGUUCAUCCUGCGUCGCCUCAAGUCCGAGGUCGAGACGCAGCUGCCCGGCAAGUUUGAGCACGUCGUUUACUGUCGCCUCUCGAAACGGCAGCGAUUCUUGUACGACGAGUUCAUGUCCCGUGCGGAGACGCGCGAGACACUUACGAGCGGCGGGUACCUCGGCGUCGUCAACGUCCUUAUGCAGCUACGCAAAGUAUGCAACCACCCCGACCUGUUCGAGGUACGGCCUGUGCGCACGUCGUUUGCCGUCGACAAGGGCGUGGCGGGCGCGUUUGAGCCAACGGACCUGCUCGUACGCAAACGCUUGCUCGACUCGGCCGACGAUCUCGACUUGGCGUCCAUGAACCUGAUUGUCACCGGGCGCGAGGGCGAGUCGGGUUGGGUGGCCGGUCACCGCGCCGGCCUGGAUGCGAGCAACCAGCUUCCCUACGCCGGGGAGGACAAGGAACGUACGCGCAAGCCUAAGAUGGACGCACGCACCCCCGCCGGCUGGCUCAAAUACCGUGAGGCUGUCGAGCUCGAGAAGCUCAAGGCGCGCUGGCGGGCCAUCCGCGACGUCAACCGCCGCCGGUGCCAGAGCGGACCGAUCUACGGUACGACAACCAUCGAAAUGCUCAGCGACCUCCCUCGCCUCUUACUCCCGGACACGGUCGUGCACCGUCCUGCUGACCUGUACGGCGUCCACCUCCCACCGGCAGCGGGGCUCGUGCGCUCGCACAUCGAGCGCUUGGCCAACGUGUCGCCCGUCAUCGACCGCUUCGCCGUCAUCCCACCGAACGCUGUUGCGCGCGAUGUUGCGGCGUACGCUCUCCCCGGCGUCGAUCCCGCGCACCCAUCUCUAAUCGACCCUGCCUUUGACUCACUCCACGGCCCGAGUGUCAAGUUGCAGAUCGCAUUCCCAGACGCAUCACUGUUACAGUACGACUGCGGCAAGCUGCAGAAGCUGUACGAGAUGCUGCGUGACCUCAAGGCUGGCGGCCACCGCGUGCUCAUCUUUACGCAGAUGACGCGUGUGCUUGACAUCCUCGAGAUCUUCCUCUCGUACAACGGGCACCGCUACCUGCGCCUGGACGGAAGCACCAAGAUUGAGGACCGGCAGAUUAUCACCGAGCGCUUCAACUCGGACUCGCGAAUCUUCUGCUUCAUCGCGUCCUCGCGCUCCGGCGGCGUGGGCAUCAACUUGACCGGUGCAGACACGGUCUUCUUCUACGACUCGGACUGGAACCCGUCCAUGGACCGGCAGUGCAUGGACCGUGCGCACCGCAUCGGCCAGACUCGCGAGGUUCACAUCUACCGUUUUGUCUCGAGCCACACAGUUGAGGAGAACAUGCUCAAGAAGGCCAACCAGAAGCGACUGCUCGAUCGCGUCGUAAUCCAGGAAGGUGACUUUACGACCGAGUUCUUUGGGCGCAUGGACUGGCGCGACAUGCUCGAUGACGACGUGCGGGAGACUCGCGAAAAGGAAGGCGUCGAGGACGUUGAGCUUGAGCCUGAACCCGAGACCGAGGACGUCGCGCAGCACGCCGCGCACGCUGGCGAGGGCCGCGAGUUCGCGGCCGCCCUCGCAGAGGUCGAGGAUGAGGAAGACGCUGCCGCAGCGCGGGUCGCGCUCGGCGAGGGUGAGAUGGAUUUUGCCGAGUUUGACGAGGACAAGAAGGCACAGGCUCAGGCCAAACGCCGCGACGAGAGCGAGCCCGCCCCGUCUGGCGGCGUGUCGCGUGCGUCGGCGAGCGCUAUCCCAUCACAUAUCGCCAGCUCAGUCGGCACGCCGAUUUCGGCGUUGGAGGAGGAGGAGGAGGAGGACGGGUACGACGACGACGACGUCGGGGGUGUCGAUGAGUACAUGCUCCGUUUUGUCGAAUGGGACUGGGACUACUUCUCGUCGCUGUAG